AUGAAGAGCUUUUACUGGUACUUUCGACCAAUGGCGUUAUUCGCCAAAUUAAUCGGAGUUUUUCCUCUCAAAAAUGUGUUGUCCGGUGAUCCAACGAAGCUCAGUUUCAAAUUCAUUAGCUUCGAUAACUUAUAUAGCACCGUUAUAUUUGGUUUUUACAUGGGCAUGAUCUACUACUUUUCUGGAUUCGUAAACGUACAAACCGCUACAUUAUUCCAGAAGUGCGUUAUGUGUUCAGUUCUGUUGCGUUCCUGCCUGAGUUUCGGAUUUGUUUCUAGACACAGCAGAAAAUUGCCGGAACUGAUCAAACUCCUAGAUCGAUUCGAUAGAAAAAAAAGCAAGGUGUUGUUGGUCAAAUUUUCGAAAUGGUACAUAAACUUGUUGCUGUGGACAAUCUUGCCCUCCAUCUUCAUGGUUUUAGUUUUGAUUGCCACGUUCUGCAAUUACUCUCAACUAUACAUUGCGGUGGUUCCAAAAGACAAUCAACAGAUGAUUGACGGUUACGUCGUGUCUAUGAGCUUCGGAUUCCUCAGCAUCUGGCAAACUUUGCCUAUUAUGUCUUACAUGUACUUCGGAUGGAAAAUAAGGUGCAGUUUCAAAGAAAUCAAUACAACGAUAAAACUACGACAGUAUUGUGGUUGCUUUUUUGAAGAACAUAAAAAAUAUGACGAUAGCAUGAGUAUGAUUUUAAAAAAUAUCCGAUUCUUGCACAACAUGCUAUCGAAAUGCGUAAAUGAGCUGGGACAAUGCUAUGGAGGUUAUUUGGCAAUGGAACACGCAUUUAUUAUUUUGGUAAUCAUUAUUAAUAUUGGAGCGUACAUAUAUAGUAUAAAUCAUGACAUAAGUCUCCUUAUUAUAACAGCUAUACACGCAACACUUUUUUUCUUAGCUGUUAUAGUUUCUGAUGAAAUUCAAGAAAAGGGAAAAGAUAUAAUAGUACAAUUCCAAGGGCUUUACUUAGAUGCUAUCAGUUUAGAAAGUGAACGAGAGAUAAGGAUGUUGAUGCUACAAUUAAACUUGUGUCCCGUAAAAGUCAACGCUGCAGGAUUUUUUAUUCUCGACAAAAAAAGAUUAUCAUCGAUAAUCACCUCAAUUGCGACACACCUCAUUGUUAUGAUUCAGUUUAUAGAAGAAGAAACUAAACUUAACUGCUGCAAUUCAUCAAAUUCUUUCGACUUUUAACAAACUUCAUUGUCACGUAUUGAAAAUAACAUGCGAUUAUCAGUUUUCUAGAUAAUUUAUCUUAUCUAUAAGAUGAACAAUUG